AUGCCAUACAUUCACCCCGCCAAUUACCCCACAGAUAUUCCGGAGGGUGGCUGGCAUGCGGACGUUGACGAUGCUGACGACUUCCGUCUCCCGUCCGGCCUCGACACGGAUCUCUUUCUCUACCGUGCUGAGCAUACAGAUGGCCCGCUCUUCUGGGUCAUAAAGGAGAACGCGCACAUGGCCGCGCACUCACCCAUCGCAGAGCAGCUCGCCGCAGCCAUCGGCUUCUCCAAGGAUCGUCUCAUCCGCAGUCCCCGGGCUGAGGUCAGCACACUUCAGGCCCAGCCACCGCAGCCACAGGGCCCUCUGGGUGCCGCUCCGGCCGCCACCCCUCGUCCCCAACAAGUACGCCUUCCCCUGCCGCAUAGUUUCAGUGGCAUACCCACCAAAGAGGGUGCAUACGACCCGGAGCCGUGCGACUUUACCGUCAGCCUACACCAUUACGUGGCCACCCAGAGUCAGGAACUGGGAGUACCCUUUGACAAAGAUCGGAAGAUCCGUAUCUUCUCCAGCUUCCUUGAGCAGAACGCGGCCCGGUGGUAUCAUCAAUUGCUCGACAAGCGCGACCGUGCUUGGCAAGGCGCUCAACCGUACACCGGCCCCCUGUCCUCGUCAGACGCCCUCGUUCAGGCCUUCUUGCGCGAAUAUGAGGACGUCAACAUCCGCGCCACAGCCAAGCACAAGAUCUGUACCCUUCAGCAGGACGGCAUGGCAGAAGCGCAUGUGCGCUUCUUCAAGGAGUACGCCAUGCUCAGCGGCUAUGGCAAAGAGGCGCUCGUCGACUGGUUCAAGUCAAGCCUCAAGGUCGCCUUGAAGGACAAGGUCAACGGGCAGGGCAAGCAGCACCCAACUACGCUGGAGGGCUGGUAUGAGGAUGCCAUCCUCUUUGACCGGCAGUAUUGGGAGCAUCAGCUGGAUUGCAUGUUGGCGUGCAAGUCUUCACAGCCGGCCACCGGCAAUACGUCCUCGCGCACCAGUCUGCCGGCGCAAACAACAACCCCAGCCGUCCCACAGAUGGCUCGCAGCAGCAGCAGGCACUGCGCAACACCAACCAGUGGCAGCCGUGCAACGGCAAUUGGCGCCCCUGGGGCGCUCCCACCCAACAACAGCGCGUACCGGCACCAGCGGCCAACACUGGUGUAG